AUGGCUGAGCGACAGAGUGACAAACGCGCCAUCCUCUUCGAGGCGAUGGCCCAAAUUAUCGUUCAGGGUCGAGUUCAUAAUGCCGAUGAACCCUCGCAGGAAAAGAGCCGAUACUUUGAGGCCAGCCAACCUCUUGAGCGCACCAAGAAGGAGGCCAUGGUGCUACAAAUACUUUUCCAACACGCCAACAAGGCGUCCAGUCGGGUGGAAAUUUGGCGCUUUUACAUGUCUGGCAACGUCAAGAAGGAAAGCAUGUUUGUACAAACUUUGAUGCGCACCUUGCUUCUUCAUCUCCGGCUUUUGCCUGCCUACAGCUACAAAACUCGACUCUCGUCCGGCAUGCAAGCUGUUCAAGCCGGCGGCCACACGGGUUUUAAAUAUGAGAUGCACUUUGAGGACUUGCACUCACCCCCACUUACAGAGGGCUGGCGGCGCUUGCGCUUGCUCGAUGAACAAACACCCACCUCACACAUUGUUUUUGAGUGUGACUACGUGGUCAACCUGGAAGAGGCCCUUGCGACGCCACAACCCGAUAUAGACGUCCGCUAUCGAAGCCGUAGCUAUGCUGGAAGUGCCGGUGGGGUGUCUGACUUGGCAACAGACCCCCCAGCUGGAUCGCCUGGAUCGAGCCGUGCAGCCUCUUUUGCUGGCGGCGCGUCGAGAUCUGGUAGCAUGGAUAUUUUGGCAGCGCGGGAGCGCGCCCGGAGCCGCACGCAGUCCCUACGUCGUUCGGGUCUGGCCAAUAGUGGCUCUCCCAGCGCUUCUUCGCCAGCUCAUUCUGGCCUCGUGGCGGCCCCAUCCACCUCUCUUCCCUAUGAUCGCCAUCAUCUUGCCGCACAUCCCGUCGACAUCAUGGGCCAAUCAUGGACGGGACCUCAGGCUAUACCUCGAGUGCCUUCUGUGACAGACUUUAGCCCAAUCAGCGGAACUCAAGGCAUUCCCAUCAGCGCCUCCAAUCGCCGCACGUCUCAGCCACUGCGUGCUGCCGAUGCUUAUGAAUCCCGGGCCAUGUCUCUUCCCACACACCUAGCAACACAGAAACCGCCCAAUGGUGGUUACCCAGGCCACGUGGCUAUGGCAGACCGUGAACUAAGCGCAUCCACAAGGACUGAUGUCGAUCCCCUCUUUGAGUUUUUCAAGCAAUCCACAGAAGAUAUUCCGCACAGCCUACGAAUGGGCGGCGUCACGCCAGAGGUGCCCGAGGUAUCGCGAGUUGAAGGUCCCGCAGAAGAAGAGGAGCUGCCUGAGCCACCACUCUCGCCGCCGCGGAUGCUUCGCCCGAACAAUUUCGACCUUGAUGAGAAACAGCCGGACACCGUCAGCGUGAUGGAGCAACAGGCCAUGGUUGGCUUUGACAAUCUUCCCUUUGCCAGUCAGCGCGUGGCACCUGUGGAGAAUGUUGAGGACCCCGAGCUGUUUUUCCAACAGCCUGCUACCUUGAGCAUGUUUCAGUCCACCCGGCUGGAAGAGAGCGUAGCUGACAUUGACCGUGACUUGCGCAACACCCGGAAUGAGUUUGCCAUGUUCAAACAGGUGUGUCUGCUGUCGGCUUUGCUGCUUUAA